GAGCCGAGGAGGCGGACACCGCGGGAGAGCCCGGCGCGCGGCCUCGCUCAGUGCUAUGGACAACGCUAUCACCCUGUGGCAGUUCCUCCUGCAGCUCCUCCAGAAGCCUCAGCACAAGAACACCAUCUGUUGGACCUCGAAUGAUGGGGAGUUCAAGCUUUUACAGGCAGAAGAGGUGGCACGUCUCUGGGGCAUUCGAAAGAACAAGCCUAACAUGAAUUAUGAUAAGCUCAGCCGGGCCCUCAGAUAUUAUUAUGUAAAGAAUAUCAUAAAGAAGGUGAAUGGUCAGAAGUUUGUGUACAAGUUUGUCUCUUACCCGGAGAUUUUGAGCAUGGACCCCAUGACAGUGGGUAGGAUCGAGGGUGACUGUGAAGCUUUGAGUCUCAGCGAAGUCAGUGGCAGCUCGAAAGAGAUGGAGAGUGGGGGGAGAGAGAAGCCCCCUCAGUUGGGUGCCAAGACCAUCCAGCCGCAAUGACUUAUACACUCGGGCUUGUAUUCUUCAUUUACUCUCAACUCUUUGAAAUUCAAUGUGAAGCUUUUCAUGCCUUCAAAGAAUGAAAAUCCAGCUGAUCAGAAGGGUUGGCAGAGAAAAAAAUCUCAGGAGCCAACAUCUUCUGUCAUCAAAUUUAUUACAACUCCUUCCAAAAAGCCGCCCAUUGAGCCUGUUGCUGCUGCCAUUCCCACUGGCCCAAGUAUUUCUCCAUCUUCUGCAGAAACGAUCCAAGUUUUGGAGACUUUGGCUUCCCCGAUACUGCCUUCUCUGGAUGCCCCAGUCUCGAUCCCCAGUGCCCCUCCUGCCUUUCCCACACCACUUCCUACUUCUUCCGUAUCUCCUUUGCAGGAGUCCCCCAGAACACCCUCCCCACAGCUGAGUUCCAACCCAGACAUUGACACAGACAUUGAUUCCGUGACAUCUCAGCCCAUGGAACUUCCUGAGAACUUGUCUCUGGAGCUUACAGAACAGGACUCGGCUUUGCGAGAAAAAGACAAACAAGAUAAUUCUACAAGAUCAAGAAGCCCAAAAGGGUUAGAGCUGGCGCCUACCUUGGUGAUCACAGGCAGUGAUCCGAGUCCACUGGGAAUCUUAAGUCCCUCACUCCCACUGCCUCUUUGACACCCGGCCCUCUUUUCACAGACACCCAUACUGCUGACCCCGAGUCCCCUACUCUCCAGCAUCCACUUCUGGAGCACACUCAGCCCUGUGGCUCCUUUGAGUCCUGCCAGGCUGCAAGGUGCUAACACGCUUUUUCAGUUUCCUUCUGUGCUGAACAGUCAUGGGCCAUUCACUCUAUCUGGCUUGGAUGGACCUUCUACCCCUGGCCCAUUUUCUCCAGAUCUUCAGAAAACAUAAUCUCUGAGAACCAAGGACUAAAGAAACAGAGACAUCAGCAGGAUUGCAUUGGAGUGAGUGAUUGAUCGGUCUAUAGUGCUGAUAAUGAAUCACAGUCAUUUGGCCUGCUCCCACUGAAAUGCCUUUAUAGGGUUCCCUGUUGAGUAGAACUCGAGUUGAACUGUGUAUAAAAAUGCGCUUACUGGAGUCCAUCUCCAUUGUCCUCCUCAAUUAUUUUGUUUUUAAAAAAUAUUUUGAGUUUUAUUUUAAAUAAAUGUUUGGUGGGAUUA